GUUUAUUAUUAUACUCUUGCGUUAUUUACACACAGAUGGUGAUCUCAUCUUGUAGCAGCUGAAUAUUACAAAUUCGUCUACCCAAGAAUUCCGCCCAGACGUUUUCGGACAAAUGGCCGAGGGUCAGGCAGCCCCAAAGGGGUUUGCACUCCAACUGCUGCUAACCUAUGGCUACAUGUUCCUAUGGAUUGGUCUGAGCGCAGCAGUCAUCAUGAUCAAUAAAUACGUGCUGUCGAUGUCGGGCUUCCCUUACCCAGUCGCCCUGACUUGCACACACAUGCUCUUCUGCUCGGUGCUGGCGUUUCUGCUAGUCAAGCUGGGAUUUGUAGAAGCGGUGAAUAUUAGCGCUGAUACUUACCUAAGCUGUAUCUUACCCAUCGGCCUGCUUUUCGCGGGGACGCUGUGGCUAGGCAACGCAGCAUACCUCUACCUCAGCGUAUCGUUCAUCCAGAUGCUCAAGGCAUCCAUGCCAAUGGUUGUGUUCGUCGUGGGAGUCAUGUUCGCAACGGAAAAGUUCACCCCAAAGGCAGCUGUCAACAUGGUGGUGGUCGGCACCGGUAUCGCCAUCGCAUCAUACGGCGAGAUCCACUUCGUGGUUGUGGGCGUGCUGCUCCAAGUGGCCUCCAUCGCCACCGAGUCGGUGCGCCUGACGCUGGUUCAGAUCCUGCUGCAGAAGCGCGGCAUCCGCAUGAACCCCGUCUCCACACUCUACCACAUCGCGCCCUGCUGCUUCGUGUUCCUCUUCCUGCCCUUCCUCUACAUCGAACUGCCGCGCAUGGUGAACGACCCGCACCUAAAUGUCAAUGUGCCGCUGCUGCUGGGCAGCGCCGCGUGCGCUUUUGCCCUCAACAUGUCGGUGUUCCUGCUGAUCGGCAAGACCUCCGCACUGACCAUGAACGUGGCGGGAGUGGUGAAGGACUGGCUGCUCAUCCUGCUGUCCGUUGUGUUGUACGGGUCCCCCGUUACGCGGACGCAGCUGGGCGGAUACGGCAUUGCGUUCGUUGGCGUCAUGUACUACAACUACCAGAAGGUGGAGCAGAUGAAGCAGUCAGCGGCGGCAGCGGCCAAGGCGCCGGAGAAGCAGCCGCUGGUGGCUCAGGGUGAGAGCAAGUCUAACGCAUGAGCUGCUGCGAGGAGCAGGGCGUGAAGCAGAUGGGGCUCAUGGGGCAGGGGAGUUCGGAGUUCGGGUGCCGAUUGGAAAAAGCCGCGCGGACAGAGGCGCAUGGAGCGGACGGCUUGGAUGGUGGAGCGAAGGAAGUCCCGUUGAUUUUCGAGGGUUGGGGUUAUGACUAUAGCUGGGGCCUAGUUCUGCCUCUUCUUAAUUUAUGGGUCUUUUAGCGACAAACCUCUCAACGGACGAGAGCUGGCUUUUCAUGGAGAUGUCCUGUCAUGACAGGUCAUCUGGGGUAUUGGACCUGGUAUGGCUUUGAGGUUGUUGUCGGCAUGGUCUACUGCGGUGGUUUAUAUAAGGUUCUGUCCUGCGUCUAUGAGACUAGGGCUUGGUAAGGACUAAGGAGGCUGCGUGUAUGGCAGUACUGCAGUAUAUACAGGUGGCGACCUGGACAGGUAAUCGCUGUUUUUGCAGUGUUCUAAUCUGGCUGCACUGUUGUUGUAAUGGUAAAGCUGUUUUUGGUCUUUCGUUUGCAGUGAAGUGUGGUGAACGUCAUCCAUACUCAUUUUGGUGUGUGGGCUUGCCUGUUUUGACCAUUCCUGCCUUGCAUGCUGCAUUAAUGCCGCCUAGGCACCUAACCGUGAGCUUGUGGGCUGGAUUGUGGACUGUGUUUUGCUCCAUGUUAGUCGUGUGGGUGCGGAAAACUGGCCUUUCUUAUAGAUAUACAAAGAUGGAAACCCUUCCGAGUGGGAAGGAAAGAUGGGUUUAAUGCGGUCUCACGCCGUUUUGGGAAACCGUAAAGGGCUGUUUCGGUUUCACUUACAUUCAGCU